AUGGAGGAUCAAAUCAUUGUUUUUGGAAGAAAUGAUGUGGAGCAACUCGCCUUAUCCAACCGAUCGAGUAAAUGUCUUCCGACUCUUCUCGAUUUUAAAUCCAAUGCAAAAGCCUUUCCGUACCUUCAGGAAGGAAUUAAAACCAUCCAUCAGGGAGGAAAUCGAAUGGCCAUUCUCACUCAUCAAAAUAAUUUACUCCUCACUCUUCAUGACUAUAAAAUGCAUAGCAAGUCAUCAUCAUCAUCAUCAACAUUGGAACAUCAUAACAAGGCUUCCAUUGAUGUUCCGAGCCAUGAUAUUUGUCUAUUGAGAAAUAAUGUUAUUGAUGUUGCCGUUGGAUUUUCUCAUUGUUUAUUUCUCACCAAACAACACGAAUUAUAUGGUUUUGGUAAUACCUCCAAUGGUAGAAUUGGAAUUAGUAAUGAACAAAUGAUGGACAAUGAAGAUGCGAUCAUUACCAAUACUUUUAAACGAUUGUAUAAUAUCAAAUGUUUUCAAGUACCAUUGUCACACUUGAUGGAUGAAGAUGAGUUCAUUACAAGUAUUUAUGCUUUGGGACAAGGAACGAUCUGCAAAACAAAUCGAGAAAAUUUAAUCACCUUUGGAUGGAAUUAUCGAGGUGAAUUGUGUAGUCAGGUGAAAUCGGAUCGACAAAGCCCAAAAAAGAUUACAUUUUUCAAUUCCAGUAUCAUUGAUGGAAUAUAUACAGGAUAUAGUCAUGUCAUGUUUUUAGUGAACAAACGAACGGAUAUAAAGCUCUACGUUUGUGGAUGGAAUGAAUUAGGACAGCUCGGAUUAGGUCAUAAUUCCAAUGUCUUUUCCAUCACCGAGAAUGAAUUUUGUACAUUCAAACAUGAUAUUGUGGACAUUUCUCUCGGUUAUGAUUUCUCAAUGUUUCUUACACGUCAAGGAAAGGUCUAUGGAUGCGGAAAAUUACCUUCACCUCCAUCAGAUACAAUUAAAUAUUUUGGAGCUUUCUAUGAAUUUAAAUUAGAUGGAAUUACUCAAAUCACUUGUGGAUAUUAUCAUGCCCUGUUUGUGGUGAAUCACAAACAAAUUAUUGCAUGUGGUAGUAAUGACUGCUUUCAAUGUGGAUUCUCUGAUGAGGAUGAAACCAAUUAUGGAAUUUCAAAUUGUAGACCUCUGAACAUUACGAAUCCUCUACCAUUGCGUUUACUUUCUGCAGGUCAAUACUGUUCUGCCAUUCUCUUUUCAUUUGGUCAAGUCAAAUAUGAAGCUGAGAAACGAAUGAAAGAACGUUUAUUGAGAGCUUUUGAAGAAUCGAAAUUGAUCGAUAUUAUAAUCCUACGAUGA